AUGGAGGAGGUACCGGAACAGGAGCUGCCAGCCACUUACGAAUGGUUCGCUGACCAGAUUGCUGGUCAUCACCCGUCUGUAAUCAAGAAUGGCAAAAGAGAAAUAGGUCUCCUGAAGAAACGUGGCAGUGACAAGAUCUUGAAACCGAAACAAGAUGGAUUCCGAGGAGAGUGUGAGGUCAAUGUCUACAAGUUGCUGGCAAGGGCGUUGCGUCACUCGACUUCCGGAGAUGUCAACGAAGGAAGCGCGGGCGAUGCUGAUAUAGACGGAUGGCCGAGCAUCAGCAUGGAAGACGCAGAAGGUCUUGCCCGGAUGACUCCACGAUUUUAUGGACUCACUUCAGUUCCGAUUGACAAAAAAGAUGUUGACUUUCUGAUAUUGGAGGAUGUAACUUCCACGUAUUCUCGGCCUGCCAUACUCGAUGUGAAAAUGGGUCGAAUCACGUAUGAUCCCGUCGCGAAUGCAGCAAAACGAGAGAAGGAGCGACGGAAAUAUCCUCCACAGACAAUUUUGGGAUUCAGAAUUCUCGGAUACAGGAUGCACUGCAAAGACGGGAAGAUCGUCGUUAAAGAUAAAGAAUGCGGGAAAAGCUUACUAUGA